ACUUCCCAACCCAAAAUUCUCGUAUAAAUAGAAGUCCUCCAAUUAAUUAGUUAGUUCAAGAACUCUGUUUUCUUCUUCUUUCCAUACUUUCCCUUCUCGCCAAAAGGCAAGCAAAAUCAGUGGUCAUGGAUUGGGUUCGCGGUGAAAAAUUAGGCUCUGGAAGUUUUGGGAGUGUUAAUUUAGCAGUGCCCAUAAAACAAAGCUCUCAAGUUACUCCUUUAAUGGCCGUGAAAUCUUGUGGGGUUUCCCAAGCUACUUCACUGAUGAACGAGAAAUUGGUACUGGACGAGCUUGAGGAUUGCCCAGAAAUCAUUCGUUGCUUCGGAGAAAGUUUUAGUUAUGAAAACGGCGAGAAAUUAUACAAUGUAUUGUUGGAGUAUGCUUCCGGUGGCAAUUUGGCCGAUAAAUUAAAGAAUUCUUGUGAUCAGAGGCUGCCGGAAUCUGAAGUCCGUGGUUACACUAAAGCUUUGCUCAAAGGGCUUCACUAUAUUCACAAGGUUGGUUAUGUUCACUGUGAUAUUAAGCUUCAGAACAUUCUUUUAUGCCCAGAUGGUGGCUUAAAGAUUGCGGACUUUGGAUUGGCGAAGAGGGCCGGAGGUGAAAAAGAGGGUGUUUCUAGUUAUGAAUUAAGGGGCACACCUCUGUAUAUGUCACCGGAGAUGGUCGCCGGGGGCGAGCAGGGUACCCCUGCUGACAUAUGGGCACUUGGGUGCGUGGUGGCGGAGAUGGUCACUGGAACACCGGCGUGGCGGUGCUCCAACUUGGCGGCGCUGCUGAUGAGAAUUGGGGUUGGUGAGGAGGUACCUGAGGUACCAGGUAAUUUAUCAGGAAAGGGAAAAGAUUUUCUUGACAAAUGCUUUGUGAAGGACCCAAGUAAUAGAUGGACGGCUGAGAUGCUUCUAAAUCAUCCAUUUGUUGUGGAUCAAGAUCUUGGUGACGCUAAAAAUAUUGCCUCCACGUCUCCCAGAUGCCCAUUUGACUUCCCUGAUUGGGCAUCAUCAGUUACAUCUUCUGCAGAAUAUUCCCCAGAAUCUAAUCUCUGGUUUUCCGGCAACUCAAAUUUGACAACUGAGUCCUGGUCCGCUUCUCCGGACGAGAGGCUGCAAGGGUUAGUAGGCCAUCAAGAACCUGAUUGGUCUGUUUCAGAUGAUUGGAUCACCAUUAGGUGAUAGAAGAAAAGACUAGUCAUAUUCACAUUUUUAUUUUAUUUUUUAUUUUUGAAGAUUUUAUUCUCCAGGCAUUGAAUUUUUAUUUUUAUUUAGUGUUCAAUUUGGAGGAUAAUUUUUUCUGUUGUACAUAAAACUUGAUAGAGAGGGAUACAUGCACUUUCUGACUUCAUAGGAGGAUACUGAUUGGAGACUCAGAAUCUGAUACCUUUAUUGUACAGUUCAGUUUUGAUGUGAAUAAUAUAACAUUAUUUUAGUUUAUA